AUGAAAAGAAAAAGAAAUAACAACUACGGCAAUAAGAAAAGACAAUGGGUGACAAAACGCCGAAAAAAACAAUCCAGUGAAGGUGAGCCAAUGGAAGAGGUUGAAGAUGCAGAUAACAUUUCAGAAGCAACAAACGAAUAUUGUGAAAAUGAUAUGGAAAUAAAUGAGAAAGAAAUGUUCAGACUUGUUAUUGUGAUGUCGUUUUGUUUGUUCAUAGGAAAAUUUACAGCUGGAAAGAAGUCUAAAAUACUAGAUAGUCUUAUAGUUGAAGGAGGAAAAGAGAAGAGCAGGGUACCAGAUAGUCUCAUAGUUGAAGGAGGAGAGAAGAACAAGGUACCAGAUAGUUUAAUGGUGGGAAAUGGAGGGAAGACCAGGGUACCAGAAAGCUUUAUUGUUGGAGGUCGUGAUGCUUCACUAAGUUCAUGGCCGUGGCAGGUUGGACUUAUAUCGGCUUAUGGUGUAUUCUGUGGCGGUACACUAAUAUCUUAUGACGUGGUCAUUACAGCAGCACAUUGUCUGGAUGGAUCAAGGAGACGCGGGUUAAGUGUGGUAGUCGGAGAGUAUAACAGGUAUUUCUGGGAAGGUUAUGAACAGUAUAUCCCAGUCAAAAGCUUCAAUGUGCAUCCAAAUUAUGACAACAACUUUCUUAAAGGAUAUGAUAUAGCCAUAUUAUUUCUGGAAAGAAACGCCACGCAAUCUUAUCGUGUCAAGCCAAUUCCUGGCAUAGCUCACAAAACACUGUAUUACACAAAAUGCAAAUGUUUCAUCACAGGAUGGGGAAUCAAAUCAAUGGGUCUUCCAUCUGCAGCAUCUAGGAACGUUGAGUCAAAAUCUGACGGUCAUGGUCACUUAGCAGUAACGUUACAAGAAGCGGAGAUUGAAGUUAUUAGCAAUUCAAAAUGCAACUCUAGACGGUACUGGGAUGGGUUAGUGAAACCAACAAAUAUUUGUGCCUUUCAUAAAAAGACAGCAGCUUGUGAGGGAGACAGCGGAGGGCCUCUAGUUUGUAAAGUACAGAACCAAUACAUUCUAGUUGGAGUAACGUCGUGGGGAUCGUCUUCAUGUAUGAGCUAUCCUACAGUGUUUGCAGAUAUUGCUAAAUUUUGGGAGUGGACUCAAGACCGAAUAUUACAAUACCGCAUGCUAUUGCGUGAAAUUAAAACGGACGAUACAAAACUCGAAAUGGAGAUGAAUAUUUUCCAGGAAAAAUAAUCGUGAUCUUACAUCUUAUAUAUGCAAUAUCAUCAGGACCACCUUAAUGUUGGCAGCAAGCGGCCGCCAGAAUUGGUUCAAUAUAAUUUAACAAUAUUAUAGUACAGCAAACUGUCAACACAGGAUAAAAGUCCAUUGCUAUUCUUAUAAAACAUUUUCACCGAUACAAUCAUGGCAACAUUUGUGAAAUCCUAGCAUAAUCAAACUCUUUCGAAGCUUUCUGGAAUCGUAUAUUGAUUUCUCAUUAAGUCAUGAAAGAAGUAUCAUCCUUUGUUCUAAAAUUGAUUUUAUUUGGUAAUCGGCUAACGAAAAUAUAUUUCUCAACAGUUUCUUAAAAGUUAGAAUCAACGAUUUAGAGACCACCUGUAUUACGCAAAAACCUGUGUUAAAAGACCAUGAAUUUUAGAUCCCCCUGUAGAACAUUUCAUAUAUAUUGAACCUGUUAAGAGACCACUUUUUUUGCUCUCCCUUAAGUGGUCUCUUAAAACAGGGUUGACUAUAUAUUAUAAAAGGGUCCAACGAAAAGUA